AUGAAUAACGCUAUUGAUACAUAUGAAAGAAACAAAACGGAAGAACGAAAAUUGUUAAUGGGCAUGCCGGAGCAUCUUGGAGACUAUUUAUUUGGUGGAUGUCAAAAAAUAAAUAAAGCCAAUAGAGUAUCAAAAUUAUCACCGGAAAAUCGCCCGAGAGUUAAAUUAGCUAGUGUCAAAACAGAUUUAUACAAUCCUGUACAAAGCACUUUAAGGCGAUAUGAUAUAGAUGAUGUACAAGGAAAAUUAAGUGAUGAGCACUCAAGAAGCACAAUACCACCAGAAAUUACUAGCUUACCAAAAAGUAAAAAAUCAAAGUUUAUGCCACCUCAAAUCAUUUAUCCAGGUUUUGAUCUUUUACCCUUACUACAUUGUAAAUGGUAUCAAGAAAAAUCUGUUGAAGAAUUAUCAUUUCUUAGAAAUAAAAACUUGUCAGAUUCUUGGAAUAAUUUUAUACAUGAUAUUCCUUUGUCAGACACAAGAAUAGUACUCCCUAAAAACAGAGAUUUUCAUUUUCACAAUUAUGUAGUCAAGUAUAUAAAAAAUGAUGACCUGGUAUCAAAACCUACAUAUAAAGUGAAAUUUGAUUAG